CGCAAAGCAUUUCCUUUUCUCCUCAUUUGCAUCACACAGCGGAGAAACAAUCGAGGCAGUUUGCAGGAAUUAGUGAUCUUUAAAGUGCGCGGAUCCGGAGGAUGCAGCAGACGUGCGUCGCCGCGGCGGACUGCGCAAACCGCCGCUCGAAAAGUUCAUUCUGGGCUUCAGCGGCCAAACUUUGACGUAAUUCUUUCCCGGAUCGCAGGAAUGGGCAGGAGUAUCAUCAUGGAAACAUUUCCCAGGGAGAAAUUAGAAGAUUUUAUCAUCUCUGAACUUGGACGUAUUUUUAGAAGUUGAGAAAUGAGCGCUUCGCAGCCCGCUUCGCAGCAGUUUCCACAUUUCCCCAUCUGAUGCAAACUGCGGCUGUUUUUUUGAGAUGCAUUCACACCCCGAGACAAAAAUACCACUUUUCUUCCACAUGUCUGGAUGUUAGACAGCCCCAUCCGUCAAUUGUGUUUGAGUUUAAUAGGACUUUUAGAAAUCUUGAUGGUGGAUGUAUCGUGGACAUGGACGAGGAGACGAGAUAAAGACGCUGCUUUGAUUAUUAACAAAUAAUCAGAUUUUAUGACAACAAUGUUAAUCGGGUGAAGUCCUCGGAAACACACAGGGAAACCCAAUGAGUGGCACACAGUCGACACUCACUGACAGGACCCCAAACUUCCUCAACAAGGAGCCAACAGACAAGAAGCCAAAGAAUGAGAAAUCCUCCGUUUCCCUCAAAAAUGAGUUCGACCCAACAGGCCUGGUCCAGCGCUGUGUGAUAAUCCAGAGAGAUGAGAACGGCUUUGGGCUGACAGUGAGUGGAGACAACCCCGUGUUUGUGCAGCUGGUGAAAGAAGAUGGAGCCGCGAUGCGAGCUGGCGUCCAGACGGGAGACCGGAUUAUUAAGGUUAAUGGGACGCUGGUCACACAUUCCAACCACAUCGAGGUCGUGAAGUUGAUCAAAUCGGGGUCGUAUGUGGCCCUGACGGUGCUCGGGAGGCCGCCGGGCCUUCCUCAGAUGACCCUGGAGGAGGAGGAGGAAGAGGAGGACGAGGCGGCGGCGGCUGAGGAGGAGGAGGAUGAGGAUGAAGGAGGAGAGGCCGGCGCCGCCUCCUCUCCGUCGGCGCCUCACUCACCUGUGCUGUCGGGUGGGGGGCGGAGUCCGGACCGGCCCACCUCCUCCCCGCCUGAAGGGGACUCGGGGUGCAGGACCGGCGAUGCAGACGACAGAGGCGGCGGGCCUCCUGCCGCUCGGGGGCAACAGGCGUCGCCCCCGCUGUGUGAAAGUGGGAAUGUGACCAACAACAGCUCUGUGCACAGCAGCCCCCCACCGGAGAGUCCCGGCACAAAAGAGACGCCCUGUCAGAGUCCGGACAUCAGCCGGCGAGACGGCCUCAACGUCUGCUCGUCACCGGACGCCGAGGACACGCCUGACACUGAAUCCAGCCCGCAGAGCAUUGUGGGUAGUCCUCCCUACCACCUCAACCUGCAGAUCAUAGGAGCAGAAGACGAUUACUUCGACUCGCAGCAGGAGCAGAUCAACGGACAGUGCAGCUGCUUCCAGAGCAUCGACUUGCUGAAGGCUCGCCCCGCCCACCUGGCCGUCUUCCUCCAUCAUGUGGUCUCACAGUUUGACCCCGCCCCUCUGCUGUGUUAUCUCUACGCCGACAUGCACAAACAAACCAGCUCCAAAGAGAGUCGGCGCUUCUUCAUGGAGUUCCACUCGCUCUUCAUGGAUCGGACGGCCAAUCUGAAAGUCCCCAUACCAGAGGCGGUUGCAGCUGAACUGGAGAGGCGGAGGCUGGAGCUGAUCCCGGAGGAGCUGUGUAAGCAGUACACUCAGACCCUGCAGGACACACUCCUGCCAGACCUGCACAGGAACCUGGAGGACUUCAGGCAGAAGCGCAGCAUGGGGCUGACGCUGGCCGAAGACGAGCUGUCCAAACUGGACUGGGAGGGCAGCAGAGAGCAGCAGGCUCUGGAGAGGGAGUGCUGCUGCGCCGAGCACAUCCUGUCCAAGAUCGAGGACAUCCUGCUGACGUCACAGCCGUCGGAGGAGGAGAAGUGCCAGACCAUGCAGUACGUCAUCCUCACCUACAUGAAGCACCUGGGGGUGAAGGUGAAGGAGCCCCGCGGCCUCGAGCAUAAACGUGCGCGCAUCAACUUCCUGCCCAAAAUCAAGAAAAGCAUCAAGCCUGAGAAGGAGGGCGAGGAGAAGGUGAAAAAGCCUCGAUUUCCCAACAUCCUCGGCCCGCCGCGGCGCCUGAGCAGGGUGGACUCCACCUCAGUGGGGAAAGCCGUGGAGCUCAACAAGCAGCGCUCGCCCAAGUUGUCCCAGCCGGCGCUCGGCAUCCCCGAGCUGUCCGACCCGCCCGCCUGCGCCCCCGCGCGGGGCCGGCCCAGCCAGACCGGCGAGGGAUCGGACGGCGGCGGCGGCCAGCCGGUGACGUCCGCCGCCUCCCCGCCAGGACACGCCUCCGACGCCAGCGGACAGGAGUCCGACUCCAAUCUGUCUCCGUUCUGCGUCCAGCCCCGACCCGGCGACGCCCCGCCGUCCGCCGACCAUCAGGACGCCUCCGGUCCCGCCGGCACUCAGUUCGACUUCAGUCCGUCCGGCCUGGAGCAGCGCGAGGACGACCAGGACGCCUUCAGCAGGAUGGAGCUGCAGUGCGCCAGUCCGGCCGACUUCCACAGCGAGGACGACCAGGCGGGCGAGGCGGAGUACGAGGAGGACCCCCUCAACUGGCAGCGGCUGGUCAGCCGCGGCGUCCUGGCCAGCCUGAGACCGCAGGAGAUCAAGCGGCAGGAGGUCAUCAACGAGCUCUUCUACACCGAGCGGGCCCACCUGCGCAUGCUGAAGGUGCUGGACUGCGUCUUCCACCAGAGGCUGAGCCGGGACGCCGUCCUGCCCCCGGAGGACGUCAGGCACAUCUUCAGCAACCUGGAGGAGAUCAUCCAGAUGCACGUUUCUAUAACGGAGCAAAUGACGGCGAUCAGGAAGAGGAGCGACACGUCGGUGAUCGGUCAGAUCGGAGACGACCUCCUGGCCUGGUUCAGCGAGGAGGAAGAGGAGAAGAUCCGGAGCGCCUUGGGAACCUUCUGCAGUAACCAGCCGUCGGCGCUGGAGCUCAUCAAGACGAGGCAGAAGAAGGACCAGAGGUUCAACCUCUUCAUGCAGGAAGCUGAAAGCAACCGUUUGUGUCGCAGGCUGCAGCUCAAAGACAUCAUCCCUGUGGAAAUGCAGAGAGUCACCAAGUACCCACUCCUGCUGGACAACAUCGCCAAGUACACCGAGGACGGUGAGGAGAGGGAGAAGGUGAAGAGAGCCGCCGAGUGCUGCAAGAAGGUCCUCAAUCACGUCAAUCAGGCAGUGAAGGAGGCGGAAAACAAGCAGAGGCUGGAGGAGUACCAGCGGCGGUUGGACUUCUCGUCCCUCAAGCAGAGCGAAAACCCCGUGAUCCUGGAGCUGAAGAAUCUGGAUCUGACCAAGAGGAAGAUGGUUCAUGAGGGACCGCUGUCCUGGAAGGUCAACAAGGACAAGAUGAUCGAGCUUUACACCCUCCUCCUGGAGGACAUCAUGGUUCUGCUGCAGAAGCAGGACGAGCGCCUCGUCCUCAAGUUCCACGGGAAAAAUCUGGCCAGCGCCACCGACGCCAAGCACAUCUUCAGCCCCAUCAUCAAACUCGGCAGCGUCCUGGUCCGUCCCGUGGCUACAGACAACAAGUCGUUCUUCGUCCUGUCCAUGUCGGAGAACGGCGCUCAGAUCUACGAGCUGACGGCGCAGACGGUGUCCGACCAGAGAACGUGGCAGUGCCUCAUCACGCAGUGCGCCGACGCCAUGAAGGCCAAACCCCGCGGUGCCGCCUCCGAUGCUGAGCGAGAUGCGAUCGAGAUCAUCAACGGAGGGAUUCCCAAGCCCAGUAAAGAACAGAGCGAGACGCCGGCUGGAGGGAUCCAGUCUCCAGACAUCCGAGCGGCGGCCGGCGUCAGCCCCUUUGACGGCUUGAAGUCGGAGGAUGAGGAGGAGGACUCGGCCUCGGCGAGCCGGCGGGACGGAGAGGAGGAUGAGGAGGAGGAGGAAGAGGAGGAGGUGGACGAAGCCGAGCUGGAGGCCUUCCUGGACGGCCGGCUGGCGGAGAUGGAAAACGACGGGCGCGACUCGCCGGCGGCGCCUUCCUCCAAGGCCGAAGAAGCUCUGAAAACACUGGCGACGCUGAAACAGGCUCUGUUCACCCACCUGAUGAGCCGAGAGGCGGAGGAGGACCGGGAGGAGGCGGAGGACGGCAGGAGGCGGGGUCAGCAGGGAGCGUCUCCGCCCCCGUCCGCUCCGGGCGGCGAGAGUUCAGGCAAGGAGGAGCCGACGCCGACGCCGGGGGUCCCCGCUCUGCCCGACGCCGCCGAACGCAACGGUGGCUUCGUGGUCCUGGAUGUGGGGCCGGGCUCCGAGGAGAGCGGCACGGACGACGACGGCGGCGGCGGGGCGCCGUGCGACGUGGGGAUCGACAUGAGGAAGCUGCUGUCCUCCUCCUCGCAGGCGGGCGGCAGCGGCGGCGGCGGCGGCCCCAACCUGAGCCGGCAGCUGAUGACCCACCUGCGCCUGCUGCAGGCCGACCUGCAGUACCUGAAGGACGUGGAGACCAAGUACAACGAGCUGCGGCACCUGCAUCCUGACGCCACUACUGACUCGGACGACAACGCCGAUGGGAUCCAUUGAGGACGGAUGUCUCUGCGUCCUCCGGCCAAAUUUCACAUGCCGAGAGCUCGAACUCGGUGGAAGGACGCCCGAGAUGUGAGGACUGGUCCCUCGUCAGGACACUUCCUGCUCUAAUAAUAGAAGAUAAUACUCAACUGCAUAACUUAUCUGAAACACUGGAUUCACGGCAUCGAAUGGAAAAAGGGGAACGGUAAUCGUCUGCAGUCGCACACAUGAACGGAACGGAAGGUAGAAUUCAGGUCGAAGUCUGCAAAUGAGUAGAAAACGAUUCACUUUUUUACCUUCUAAACAGAAUUUCUCUGGGGAUUGGCCACGAAUUUGCAUUUAAAGAGACGACGCAGCUGUUCAGCACCGGCUUUAAUCUUCCUGCAGUACUUGAAUGUAGCAUAAACAGUUGUUCAGUGAGAUCCAGAUAAUCUAACGGGGAGGACGAGCGAGACGGCGUCGUCUCCUCCAGUCAGACGGAUUUCUGCUCAGCCGACGGGAGUUCUAAGUUAGGGGAAAAAGAGUUGAUAACUUAAGCUUUUCAAUGACCAGAAAGCACUUUUCAUCAAAUGAAAUAUCUUUCACCAAUCGUGCACAUGUGGUCUGAAACUUUAAAUAUUUAAAUUAUGACUUCAGUGGUGAUUUGGACAUUAAUCUGCAUCCUGCGUCCAAGUUUCUCUACUUUAAGUUCCUAAUUUCCCAAACUCAGUUUUAGUGGCCGCUAAAUGGCAGAACCUGAAAAGCGAGCAGUGACCAUGAAGUUGUGUUUCCACAGAAAAAGGCACAUGAGAUUUAACGACUCCACUCGAUUCUCCACCCGUUUUUCCGUUUGUGCACCCUGAAAUCAUUUAUUGUUUUAACACAAACUACUUCAAAAGAGGAGAAGAUAUGCAGCGGUAUUAAUCGGUUUUCUAAAUGUACUUUUGAAUGUUAUAUUUUUAUUCCAUUGUUAUUAACCCUGUUAACACGUGUGCUGACACACACACACACAUACACACACACACACACACACACACACACACAAAAGAAUAGAGAAAAGUAUCGUUGCGUUGAUGAUUUAUGGUGGAAAAGUGUUGGAUUGUGUCCACAGGAAGCAUUAAAGGACCAAUAAAAAAGAGAACAUGAGAGCAAACUGU